AUGGCACGUACAGUUGCAGGCCCAACAAACCCCUCCGGCCGGAACUCGCUCAACGCCAACGCCAAUGGAGCCGGUCCAUCCAGACAAGGCACCUCAGGUGCGGGUGCGGCGGUCGGAGCAGGGAACGGUGGGAAGGGGAAGGGGAAAGCAAAGACUAUAGAGAAGAAUACGGCGCGGAAGAGUACGGGUGGGAAGGCGCCGAGGAAAAGUGCAGUCCCACAACCCCGCCGUCCAGCCGCUGCCGCUGCCGCAGAUCCUAAAAAACCACAUCGUUUCAGACCGGGGACGGUCGCUUUGCGCGAGAUCCGGAAGUACCAGAAGAGCACCGACCUCUUAUUGAGGAAAUUACCAUUUUCGAGAUUGGUCCGAGAAGUAGCGCAAGAUAUGGGAUCUUUAGAUGUAGAAGGGAAUAUGCGAUGGCAGUCUACGGCGCUGUUGGCUUUGCAAGAAGCGGCGGAGGCGUAUCUGGUUCAUUUGUUUGAAGAUGCAAAUCUGUGCGCGGUCCAUGCGAAACGAGUCACGAUCAUGACGAAGGACAUGCAGCUCGCGAGGCGGAUAAGAGGCGGGUGGUCGGGACAUGGAUAG